UGGGUUCGCACAGAUUUCGCCCCUGGUGGGAAAAAAAAAAAAACAGAAAGUCGCCGUUCGUCCUGUGGUUUCGGCGACGUUCGCUUGGCCUACCGAACCGAACCGAAUUGUGGCGAAUUUGAACGGACACGCAGUGGGUCUGUGUCAGAGACUCUUUCUUGUUUAAACAAAGUGCACCUCCCUCUAUCAUGACAACGAGAAAAGCCAGCAGUGUGGCGGAAAUGGUGACCACCUCCACCACCACCAACCACCAGCACCAGAACCAGCAGAGGAGCCGGAGUCCCAGCAGCUACAGCGGCGGUGUUCCGGCGUCCGAGGCGGCGGCCGGAGGGGCGGAGAUGUUCGGUGAAUUUCAGGACUGGUGCCUGCGGACGUACGGGGACUCCGGGAAGACCAAGACCGUGACCCGGCGCAAAUACAACAAAAUCCUCCAGACGCUGCUCCAGGGGGACGAGGAGAACAGCAACGGCGUGUUCCUGCACGAGAAAAGCAACAACCACAUCAACGCCAAAUUCAAAUUCUGGGUCAAGUCCAAGGGCUUCCAGAUUGGGACCCUGCAGGACAGCAAGAACGGCUCUUCGGACAGGCCGGUGCUGUACGUCCCCAUCAAGACGACGUGUGUGGACAGCGUCUCCGGGGUGGACUCGUCCCUGAAGCGCGUGGCAGUGGUGGAGGAUUUCUUCGACAUCAUCUACGCCAUGCACGUGGAGAUCAGCACCGAUCCAGGCAAAGCACCAAAACAUGCCGGCCAGAAGAAGACCUACAAGGCUAUAGCAGAGACGUACGCCUUCCUGCCCAGAGAGGCCGUGACUCAUUUCCUGAUGAGCUGUGGAGAGUGUCAGAAGAGGAUGCACAUCAGCACCACAGGACAAGACUACAAAGAGAACGACAGACCGAGCCCUCUGGUGUCGGAGGUGAUAGACUACAACAUGCCUCUCACCACCACCUACAUGAAACAGAUGAAGCUGCACAACAAGGAUGACAGUUCACUGAGCAGCGAGGAGGAGGCAGAGAUGAGCGAGCCCACAUGGCUAGCAGCUGAUCUGGGAGCAGCGUCUGACCUGAGCCCGCCAAGCCGAGGAGAGAGGAUGCGCCACAGUCCCCAGAACACGCACGGCAAGGAAGAUGACGACGAUUCGUCAUCAGAGAGCGGCAGUGGCAACGGCCUUCCUGCGCUGACCCCUCCCUCCUCUGCUGUGACGGACGGCGCCAUUGUCAGGGAAACCGAGGUCGUCAAUGGCAACGGCGGCCCCGCCCCGCUCGACUUCAGCACACCGACUUCCUCUUCCUCGUCGCCUGAGGACCAGCAGCCGAUCAACCUGAGCGACCCGCCCCCCCAGCGCCUGCCCCUGUCCACCUCUCACCUGCCCGUCACUGUGUCGGCAGCGGCCGCGGCGCUGCUCGGCGCUCUGCAUCCCAACGCGCCCGAGGAGCUCCGCAGGAAGUACCCGCUGGCUGCCAAGCCCCCCCUGGCUCCGCACCCGGCCCUGCCUCUGCAGCUGCCGCACACACAUAAUGCACACACUCCCAACACACACUCCCAGUCCCACACACACAGCGCUGAGCUGCGACUGGACCGAGACAGCAGGGACUACGGGGGCAAGUCCCCACAGUACAGUUCAGGCGGCAGCUACGACAGCGUGAAGAUGGACCUGAGCGCUGAGGACCUGACCAUGGGGCGUCAUGGCAGCCAGGUUGCCCCUGACGAUGACGAUGACGACCACGACGACCACGAUGACAACGACAAGAUCAACGACACGGAGGGAGUCGAUCCCGAGAGACUAAAGGCCUUCAACAUGUUUGUGCGUCUGUUCGUGGACGAGAACUUGGAUCGGAUGGUGCCCAUCUCCAAACAGCCCAAGGAGAAGAUCCAGGCCAUCAUCGAGUCCUGCAGCAGACAGUUUCCAGAAUUCCAGGAACGCGCCCGCAAGCGCAUCCGCACCUACCUCAAAUCCUGCCGACGCAUGAAGAAGAAUGGCAUGGAGACCCGUCCUACUCCACCUCACCUGACCUCAGCCAUGGCUGAGAACAUCCUGGCUGCCGCCUGCGAGAGUGAAUCACGCAACGCCGCCAAGAGGAUGCGCCUCGAAGCCUAUCACGAUGAGCAGAUCUCUCUGGACAAGCCGUCCAGCGGUGGAGGAGGUCUGAGGGAGCCGGCGUCCCUCGCUCACUCCGCCUACUCCCUGGCCGCUUCAGCCUUCUCCUCCCAGGACACCCAACUCUACAUCAACGGAGCCGGACUCAGCUACGGUUACCGUGGUUACCCGGGCCUGGGCGCUGCCAUACAACACCCCGUUUCCCUGACAACCGGCGCUGCUGCUGCUCAGAGCAACGGCCCCACAGACCUCAGCAUGAAGUCUCUCUCCUCUGCCAACAUCAUUAACUCCUCCCCUUCUACCAACAGCCUGGGUGGGCGGGGCAGCGGGGGUGGCGGAGGGGGCGGGGCGUCAACCCAGCUCAGCCAACCAGAGAUCACGGCCGUGCGUCAGCUGAUCGCCGGCUACCGGGAGUCGGCUGCCUUCCUUCUUCGUUCAGCAGAUGAGCUGGAGAACCUCAUCCUGCAGCAGAACUGAUGUGGGAGAAACAUGGGAGAACACACACACACAGACACACACGCACACACACACACACAUUUAUACACACACACUUCCCAUUAUGUUUGUUCUGUGUCUGUCUCCGUCCCCCCGUCUCUCCUUAUCGAUGCUGAGACACCAGACCUCCUCUCGUUUUUUGCUCCUCUCUCCUGAAAUCGGGGUUCGUUGUUUUCUGCCUUCUCUUUGAAAACUGUGGCCACUUUUUAAUAUUGGAG